AUGUAUCCGAUCAGCAAGCUGUAUUCUGUCUCAAGGAAUUCAGAGCCUAUAAUAUUCACACUUGACUCUGAUCCUUCAUUUCAGUGUCACUUCGUUCUAGUGACCUUGACCUCAAAUUACUUGACCUCAUUAACAGAGGUCAACUCGACGACCGUACUACCUUCCACCACCACCACUACUACUACUAAGAAAUCUGUUAAAAGCUAUAACAUUAAGAGCAAACAUGCUAACAAUAAUAAUGCUACAAGUCAAAGUAACAGUAAUAAUAAUAAUAAUAAUGAUAAUAAGAAGAAUGCUGGAAGUAAUAAAAUGAUUAAAUUCAAUAUGUUUAACGAGAAUGAUGAAGAUGAUGAUGAUCAAGCUGCCAAUGAUAAUCUCAUACAAUGCGAGGUGACAGCAAAUUCCGCUAACACUAAGAAGAAUGACAGUUGUCGCCGCAUUGAUAAUGACGAUAACAACAAAGAUGACGACGAUGGUGACGAAGGUAAUGAUGAUGACGUCAUUCCAGGAACUCCUCCUAAUAAAAAGUUUCGUUCUCUGUUUUUUGGCUUAUCCCAAUCGCAAAAUGGAGGUUCACAAAACGGCGUCGGUCACAACAGCAGCAGCAGCAGCAGAUGCAAACCCACUACGAAUAUGCAACGCGAUGAAAAAUAUAAACAUCAUCUCUUCGCCGAGGAUUCUGACGUUGAAUGA